AUGUCACAGUCAAUAUCACUGAAGGGUUCAACAAGGACAGUUACAGAAUUUUUUGAGUACAGCAUUAAUUCCAUUCUGUACCAAAGAGGCGUAUAUCCAGCAGAAGAUUUUGUAACGGUGAAAAAGUAUGAUCUAACACUACUUAAGACACAUGAUGAUGAACUAAAAGAUUAUAUUCGGAAAAUCCUUUUACAAGUUCACAGGUGGCUUCUUGGUGGAAAAUGCAAUCAACUGGUACUAUGUAUUAUAGACAAGGAUGAGGGAGAGGUGGUGGAAAGGUGGUCCUUCAAUGUGCAACAUAUUCCCAGCAGUAGCAACGAGCAGGAGGAAAUUGUGGAUUUAAAUACAACACAGUCACAAAUCAGAGGUUUGAUCAGGCAAAUCACUUCAAGCGUUACCUUUCUGCCCGAACUAUCGAAAGAAGGUGGGUACACAUUCACAGUACUAGCAUACACAGAUGCGGAUGCCAAAGUCCCGUUAGAAUGGGCCGACUCCGAUAGUAAAGAAAUACCUGAUGGAGAAGUGGUUCAAUUUAAAACAUUUUCUACAAACGAUCAUAAAGUCGGGGCGCAGGUCAGCUAUAAAUAUUAA